AUAUUAUAUAUAAUAAUGUAACUACUGAAAUUUCAAUGAUAAUUCAUGGUGAUAGAAAUCAAGAUAUUCGUUAUUAUAAUGCUCCAACAGCUUCUGAUGUAGCUGCAAUAAUGGUAGGUGAUAGACAUGAG